GCAGCAGCGACCGUGAAGCAGGUAGAAGUGGCGAGAGGCGAUCCAGAGACCCGCGGCCAGUGUGGCGGCGUUUCCCGUCAUAUGCGCGCGUAACUCGGGGCUGAGAACGUCAGUCAGCGCCGCACUUGUGUCUCAUUACGUGUGAGAGAAGUGAAAAGACCAUCAUGCAUCUUACGUGAUUCAACCUGAAGGAACUCGAUGAGGACUAAAUCUACUGGUAACCCAUAUCAUCAGUGAUCAAGACUUGUGAUGCGGUAACACUAACUCCUCGAAUCCCAGUGACACAUAUAUCGGCUUCAUCCGCCGCGAAUGAGCUGGUCAAGCUGGGCUGACGAUGAUCACUAGGGUGUUGAUCACCUUAUUAAGGCUGGUGCUCCUGGCAGGACUGCGGCGGUCCGGCCCAGCAGAUCCUUACCUCACACCGCCCUCUCUCAGACCCAUCUAUGACUUCGUGGUGGUGGGCGGAGGCACCGGCGGCAGCGUUGUGGGGGCGCGGCUGGCGGAGGCCGGAUGGCAGGUGUUGGUGCUGGAAGCAGGAACCCCACCACCUCUUGAAACAACUGUGCCUGGCCUCAGCAUCGCCCUCUACUUCACUGACACGAACUGGGAGUACACCAUAAGCCCGCAGAAGUACUCCAACCGGUUCUUCCUCGACAGAGGAGGGCGGAUGGUGCAAGGACGUCUGGUGGGCGGGUCAUCCAACAUGGGCGGUAUGCUGUACGCACGGGGCAACAGGAGAGACUAUGAUCUAUGGGCGGCUCUUGGCAACCCUGGCUGGAACUACGAGAGUGUGCUGCCUUACUUCAAGAAAUCCGAGGACUUUCAGGGGCAUCUCACUCCUGAUACCGAGAUGUUCCAUGGCCGCGGUGGUCCUCUGGGCGUCACUCCCAGUACCAAACUUUCUCCGGUGAGCGAAGCCUUCCUCGCUGCGGGCCGUGAACUGGGUUAUGCAGAGGUAGAUCCCAACGCGUUCAGCCAUGUGGGGUUCGCACGCUCUUCCUACACCGUGCGAAGGGGCGUUAGGUCCUCAGCAGAUGACUGGCUUCGCCCCGCGCUCCUCAACCGCCCUAACCUGCACGUCCUGACGGGAGCCACUGUGGAAAAGAUCGUGCUGAGCCAGAGCAAGCGUGCCGUGGGUAUUCAGUUCGUGUACGGUGGUCAGAGGCUUAAGGUGCGAGUGGCGCGUGAGGUGGUGGUGUCAGCAGGCGCCCUGGCCUCCCCGAAGCUGCUCAUGCUGUCCGGGUUGGGACCCGCUGCUCACCUACGGAAACAUGGGGUACCGGUGGUGGUGGAUCUGCCUGGCGUAGGACAAAACCUGCAGGACCACUUCAACGUGCACGGACUCACGUGGACGGUGCCUCCGGGCGCCCUCGGUAACUCCAACUUGCUGACGGCGGCCUUUCAGUACCUUACCACCAUGGAAGGACCGUUCACAGAGCCGCUGGGAGACAAGACCACUGCUUGGGUGAACGUUGGGUCCGGGGAGACCGAAUGGCCAGACUUGCAGUGCCAUGUGUUGUCUCAGACCCCUGCCUUUGACUUCGGCCUCUUUACCACGACCCUUCUCAGCAUCAGCCGCCAGAAAUACCAGUCGUACUUCGGUCCCAUCCUCGGGUCGGAAGGCUUCACGAUCGAAUGUCAGCUGUCAAGACCCAAGAGUCGCGGGGAGGUCACUCUACGUUCCAAUGACCCCAAUGACUAUCCGAUAGUCAACCCCAACUUCCUGAGUCACCCCGAGGAUGUGAAUACGAUAGUCAAAGGGAUCAAAUUCGGUCUCUCCAUCGCCAACACUUCAGCUCUGGGAGGCAGAUUUGGUGCCAGAUUCCAUAAUAAGCCACUGCCGGGGUGUGAGGGGCACGUGUUCGGCGCUGACGACUACUGGGCCUGCUACGCGCGGCACAUGGGCACCUCCUACAUCCACCCCACAGGAACCUGCAAGAUGGGACCGCCUGAAGACCCCACCAGCGUAGUGGACGAAAAUCUCAAGGUGCGGGGCGUGGCGGGCCUGCGGGUGGUAGACGCAUCAGUCAUGCCUACCAUCACUUCGGCAAACACCAUGGCGGCCGUGGUCAUGGUGGCGGAGAGAGCAGCAGAUCUCAUCACGCAGGAGUGGAAUGGUUACUCGUCACGACUACACAAGUGAUGUAAAAAUUCCUUGAAGUCCUAAAUACCUGUCCUCGCCACCUCAGGGAUGAAGGACGGUUUAAACGAUACGAGGGACGGUACAAGGGACAGUACAAGGGACGGUGCAAAGAUGAUACAAUGAUAGUGCAGUAAAGCUACAUAUGUUUUGCUCCUAGACUCUGUGCUUAGUCAUCGCCUCAUGUUUGCAGGCGUGGAUGAAGCAACACGUAUUGGCGAAUGUGUGGGGGAUUGUGGCGGCCCCUCCCUUCCCUCCAUUUCCUUCCUUUCCCUCCCGCUGCCCCGUGAGCUUUUCUGUGGUAGUGAUGGUGGUGAUGGUGGUGAUGAAAAUUGGUACAAGUACUACUACUACAACUGA